CGGAAAUGGUAUGAGCAGCUCUCGGGCGGUGCUGCCACCGGGGCAGGUGGCAAGUGGAGUGGCUCCUCAGCUGAAGCGAGAUGCUGGCCAAGUGAAGGAGCCUUGGUGCUCAUUUGCAGCCUCGACAUGGAGCUACUGGCUCCAAUGCGAUUGUAUACUCUGUCCAAGCGCCAUUUUGUUUUGGUCUUUGUAGUAUUCUUCAUUUGUUUUGGCUUGACUGUCUUAAUAGGCAUUGCAGGUCCCAGAGUCAUUGAAUGCAUAUCAGAAAUACCGCCGAUAAACAAUGGUUCAAAGACAAAGUCGUUUCCUCUGAGUUCACCACCAGUAUCUACUUAUAAUCAGCAACUAUGGCUUACCUGCACGGUGCACUUGGAGCAACCUUCUGAUAUCAAAUUGGAUAGUUUGAAAAUUAGCUUUAUUAUGUCAGUUACAAUACGUGGAGUACUAAAGAAUGCAAGUGUACGGAAUUAUAACAGAGAAACUCACAACCGAACAAGGGUAUUCAACUGUGCUAAGGAUUGUGAUGAAAUUAUUGUGGUUCAUCUUGGCUAUUUGAAUUUCACUCGUUACAAUAUCGUUGUUACCUUUGACAAGUUUCCUGAGAUCUACCACUUGAAGAGUUAUAACUUCACAUGGAAAAUGUAUAACCCAGCCUUCUCCCAAGUGGAAAUCUGGUUCCGAUUUGUCUUUGUGGUUUUUACUUUCAUAGUCACAUGUCUCUUUGCUCACUCCCUGCGCAAGUUCUCCAUGCGAGAUUGGGGGAUAGAGCAGAAGUGGAUGUCAAUCCUCCUCCCCCUGCUAUUACUUUAUAAUGACCCAUUUUUCCCCCUCUCAUUCCUAAUCAACAGCUGGUUUCCUGGAAUGCUAGAUGACCUUUUUCAGUCGUUGUUCUUGUGUGCAUUGCUGCUGUUCUGGCUUUGUGUCUACCAUGGGAUCAGAGUACAGGGAGAAAGAAAAUGCAUGACCUUUUAUUUUCCAAAAUUCCUUAUUGUUGGUCUCCUGUGGUUGGCUUCUGUUACACUAGGCAUAUGGCAGACGGUCAAUGAACUACAUGAUCCAACAUACCAAUAUGAGAUUGACACAAAUAAUUUUCAGGGGAUGAAAAUCUUCUUCCUUGUGGUGGCAACAGUAUAUAUUUUGUACCUUUUAUUUCUAAUAAUCCGGGCGUGCUCAGAGCUUCGGAAUAUGCCCUACGUUGAUCUCAGGUUGAAAUUCUUGACUGCGCUGACGUUGGUAGUUCUUAUCAUUAGCAUCGCUAUAUUUUAUUUGCGUUUUGGAGCACAGGUUCUUCAGGACAAUUUUGUGGCUGAGCUUUCAACCAAUUAUCAUAAUUCUGCAGAAUUCUUAUCCUUCUAUGGAUUAUUAAAUUUCUACCUAUACACAUUAGCCUUUGUGUAUUCACCGUCAAAAAAUGCCCUAUACGAAUCUCAGCUGAAAGACAACCCUGCCUUUUCCAUGUUGAAUGAUUCAGAUGACGAUGUUAUCUAUGGGAGUGACUAUGAAGAAAUGCCACUUCAGAACGGUCAGGCUAUCAGAGCCAAAUUCAAAGAGGAAUCGGACAGUGAUUAAAUUUUCACAGGAGCAGCCAAGAAUAUGGAACAAGAGUAAUGUUAUCUUUCCUAUAGUCAAGUGAACCAUGCUUUUGGUGGAAGUAUGUCCUUUAUUCCAGUCAUUUUCUGUUUACAAAACUAAAAUGGAUGGGAGUGAGAAAUGAAUGUUUAGUACCAUUUAAAGAAACUUGUGGUUUACCCACCCCGUCUCGUAAAACUCAGUUGCAACAAGAUGCCUCCACACAGAAUGCUGUGGAAUCAGAUUAUUAAAAUCAAUAAGUUUUGGGGCACUUAGCUUAUUAUGGAUUAAUAACUGAAUAGUGGAUUUCCUAAUUACUUCAUUACUAAUAUAAGAGAAUAUUUGCAGCUCAGGGUUGAACUGUGGAAUCUCUGGUGCUCUCUGAGCUUGGUGGUUUCCUUGCAAACAUUUCAUUAUCCAAUUAGAUAACAUGUUCAGUGCUAAAAGGGAGUGGGAUUUGUUCUGUUUAUUUACGGUGGCUUUCCCUGUCAGUGUUGGUGGGAGUGUUGUUUUCUUCUUGAUUGUUCCUUGAUUAGGCUGUGGUUUACUGUUUUGAUUACUAUGCUUCAUUACUAUUUAUGACUGCGCUUCAUUACUAUUUAAAUGGCAGUAAUACUCUGCAUUUUUUAAAUGCCAAAGUAAUUUAUCUUGACUUUAUUAUAUAUUGUAGCAUCAAGACAAUGCACUAUCUCUCAACAUCUCUAGAUUCCAAAGUUAGGUGGAAAUUGGGCUGGUCUUCUUGGCUCUCAAGAAUAUUACCACAGGCAUGCAGUAAUGAACUCCCAAUAAUUCAGUACAUAACUGGUGUCUUGAAUUCAUAAAACUGAAACUUCUUCCUGUUGUUUUCUAUUGUGGACAAUUGAUUUCCACAACAGCUCAUUCGUUCUGAGAUACCAGUGUAGUUGUGUUGGACAGGAAUGAUUUGAAAACCGAUUUAUCUUAAAAUAAUGCUAACAUUUAAAUGCAUGGCAAUUUUGAAUUAAAAACAAAGCCUUCUGCCGAUGCUAGUUUUUUUUUUAAGGGAACAUGUACUUCAAUCACAUACUGUUUCUUCAGGAAAAUGUUCUGAAUAUUUUAAUAAAUUAAAUAUUAAUUACUGUAGUUUAGAAACACACAAUAAAUGUUAAGUAUGAUGGCUACUGAAAUUAGCACUUAUUUUAUAACCUGGCAGGAUCCAAAUGGUGAUUGAUUCAUUUUUAUUGGAUGAACCCUUUAUUGGCAGAGUUAGGUAGAACUUUCAGAUUUCCACAGCAUUAUUCAGAUAACAAAACUCUGGAAGAAUUAUAUGAGUAAAAUAUGGUCAUGUGACAUUCUCUUAGAAUGGUCUUUGCUUCAUGGCUGCUUUAUGUGGAAUUAAUUGUUCUUGUUCCUAUUGUAUAUAUAGAAUAGGAAUGAAGAGCUCUGCAGCAAAUAGCAAGUGUCUGGGUACCUUGAUAUGAUUUCUUGAUUUUAAUUGCAGCUAUCUUGAAUGGUAUUUCUCAGACUUUAAAAAAAAAUCUUAUCUUCAAACAUAAAUAAAAUAAUCUCUUCUACAACUUUUAUCCUUUCUAGAAAAAUAAACUACUGCACUUCAAUGUGUUAACCUGAAUGAGGAUACCAGUUAACAGUGCACUAGAGUAAAAAGAAUAAAAGUAAAAAGAGUAAAAAUACCGUUUACUCUUAAAUCUAGAUGGAUUCUGUGAAUUGAUUUCAUUGGAUUGACAUUAUGGAUCUCUAUUUUCUGUGCUUUCAUAGUACAUCUUUCUCCUUCUCAAUCACUCCAGUAACUUUCUUAAAGUCAUGAAGCUCUUAUAACCUGUGAAAUAAAGCUGAAAUGAUACAUAAGAAUUAAAGCCCUGUUAAAAUUACAGAUAUAAUUAAAUGCAUUCCCAGUGUUCACUUUUGAGCUUAAUAGUAAUUUCUUGCUUUAGGUCUUGUUCUAAAUUUAAGCUUCAGGAGCAGCCUGAUUAUUUAAUUCCAAGGCCUCAAUUAGAAAGCACUUCCCUUUGCGCAGAAGAGAAUUAGUAUUCUCCAUCACAUGCAUUUCCGAUGCUUCAAUGCAUGCAAGAAAUUUUAGUAAAGAGAUGCUUAGUAGGCAUGCAGGAACUGGAUCCCAGACAUACCCAAAUUUUUAAUAAAAACUGAAAUAAUCCAAAGCUAUUAACAUAACAAUAAACUCAUUUUUGUAAGUUACUCAAACAUAAGAUACCUAAAAAAAGAUGGAAGUGAGGGUUGCAGGUCAAAUAUUCCACAUGUAUGUGAUCAGCUCAGUUCUAUAAUGUGUAUUACUGUAUAUCACGUCUUUGCUAUAUGUGAAAGGUCUAGUUUUUCUUUGUUAAUAUUUUAAGUGUGACAAGCUUAUAGUGUAUAACAUGAUAAGACUGAAUACCUUCCUCUAAUUUUUUGUAUUGCUGACUCAUGAAGGUUUUUUAAAGUAUAUAUUGUUCUAUGUUAUUUCAAGUUGCUUUUUUACGGUUUGCAUUCAAUUUGUGCAAAAGGAUAAAAGAAAAAUCUGUGGGUUUGCCUAAUCUCUCUGAACACGUUUGAAGUUGUUGACAGGGAAAACUAGACUCUUCCAGCGAUGUCUUGCUGACAAAUGGCUUGAGAUUCAACACUGAAGUGUCCAACUUUUAUUUAAUAUGGUUCACAAAUUAUUUUAUCCUGAAUUCACUUGUUUCUGUGGAAUUGUGUAUUCAAUGCCCCUAAAGUUCAUUUGACCUUGGGAAUUUCAGGUGGCUUUGGUUUUUGACCUGGUAAUGUUAGCUGUAAGCUGAAUAUCAUUGAAUUUGCCUGCACCAGUUCAGCCAACUGAAAAUGUCUAGCAAACAUGCUACUUCCUAAACCUAUUGAUCCUUUUUCCUAUUUCAAAAUGUUUGUCUGACCUUUUGAUAUUUUUAGCAUAAAACUAGAAUUUAUCCUGGAUUUAUUACUUUAAAGAGGCAUUAUCAACAAGAAAAUCAAGCACUUUCUUAAAUCUGUCCCACUCAAAAAAUGAGAGAUUAGAAUUGUGUUACAGGUAGUUUUUGACUUAAUACCAUUCAUUUAAUGACUAUGGGAAAGUACGAUGGCAUUACAAAGUUAUGACUGGUCCUUGCACUUGCAACUGUUGCAGCGGUCACAAUUUGCAAUCUUCCUAGCCAGUUUGCAACAAGCAAAGCCAAUGGAGAAAGCUAGAUUCACUUAACAAUUGCAGGGUUCACUUAACACCUAGUGAUUCCCUUAAUGAUUGCAGCAAAAACAAUGGUGGAAAAAAUGGGCACAACUCACUUAAUGACCACCUCUUUAGUGAUAGAAUGUCUGAUUCUAAUUGGGGUCAUAAGUCAAGGACUACCUGUACACCAUUUAUUUUAUAUAAUUUUGUAAAUUGCAAACUUAAGAGUUAAGUUUUCUGAUGAAUUUGCCUGGAUUAGUUUCUUUAAAUAUUUUGCAUUGGAUGAAUUAGGCAUUUCUUCCCCUUUCCUUUUGUUCAUAUCUUUAAAAAGAGGCAAGACCAAUGGUGACUACUUUUGCAAGGAACAAGUGUAUUAUUGCCUAUUUUAUAUGUAAUGUGAUAUUUUUCAGUUUUGGAAAACUCAGAAGGAAACUUCCAAAUACAUACAAAAUGACAUCUAACUGGGAAAAAUCCAAUAAAGAUGAGUGCUGCUGGUCUUUUUGUAUCUUGCUCCUUAUUGGAAACUGAGACUAUUUUUAGACACAUUAUUAAUCACAUAACACUUUUGCAUUACAGUAUACAAUGUUGUAAUGAGACAGGAUCCAUUUCAUACUUUUCGUUAAGGGAAUACUGAGAGAGAACUUUUUUAGUUAAGAUUCACUUGGAUACUAAUAUAUUCUUCCAGUAUGAAACUAGGGAGCUAUUAGUAAAUUUAAAUACUAUUAAAUAAUAUUCUCAUAGUUCUCAUGUUCUUUGGUGUGAGGAGUAGGGUGGUUCUCAUUAUAAAAUGGCUGAUCAGUAUUAUGGCUAUAUGAGACUAUCCCUUAAUGUACUCAAUUUUUACGUGGCCUCCAGUAUUUCUGAUGUUAGCAGUAGGAAUUUUACCCCCCCGCCUCCCCCAAGCCUGAAUAUUUUGUUUUAAAAUUUCCUCUGACAAUACCAUGUUUCCUUUAGUGAGAGCUAUUCUUUUAUUAAAUCAAUGAUUGGACAGAAUAACCUUAUUAAACCAGGAAAGCAGCAGAUUGUGUAAUACAAGGAGACAAUGUCAUAUUACAUUGUCACAAAGCCAAUCAGGUUUAGAUUUUGUUAGUGAGGUUAACCGAGAAAACAGGUUUUCAUAAAGAUAUUUGAAAAGGAUCAAUUGAGGCUUUUUCAGUAUCACCAAGAGCAACAUAAUAGUUACCAUUAAGCGUAACAUGCCUGGGAAUGGGAAACGUUAGGUGGUGUGUUGAAAAAAAAUCAAUUCUUUUAAUUGUGAUUUUUAUUCCGGUUUUCUGCAUGUUUAUUCAGAAGUACAUGCUAUUAAGCUUUAGGUUCACAUUUGAUACAAAACUUGAG